UAGUGAGACUAACCCAUUGGGAAUAAAUAAAGGCGCCCUCACUCGCCGGCGCACCACUUCGGCAAGAUCGUCGUCGAGUUCUGAUAAACGCAUCCAGUAGGAGCAUCGGACUAUGAAGGUUCUCAUCGUUUACGCGCACCCUGAACCCACGUCGCUGACACGGCAGAUGGUCGACGUGACCGUUGAGACGUUGUCGGCAGCGGGACAUACCGUGGUCCAUUCGGACCUCUACGGCAUGAAGUGGAAGGCGGUGUACGACGCCGAUGACUUUCCCGUGCGUGACAACCCCGAACGGCUGUCUUUCAUCGCGGAGUCGGGACAUGCCUACGCAAGUGGGCAUCAGACGCCCGACGUGAUUGUCGAGCAGCAGAAGCUGCUCGCGGCCGAUGCUGUGGUCGUGCAAUUCCCGCUGUGGUGGUACGGCGUGCCUGCGAUCCUGAAGGGCUGGAUAGAGCGGGUCUACGCCUUCGGUUUUGCCUACGGCUAUCAGAAUGGCUCCAACCAGUUCCGCUUUGGCGAGGGGAUACUCAAGGGCAAGCGAGCGCUAGUCAACGUGCAGGCAGGCGGCCCAGCGGCCGACUAUGGCCCGCGGGGUAUCAACGGGCCGAUCGAGCAAUUGCUGUUCCCGCUGACUCAUGGCGCGCUGUUCUACCCCGGCAUGGACGUACUUCCGACGCACGCGGUCUAUGGCGCGGGUCGCGUUUCCACGGCGGAAGAAGUGGAGGCGAUCAAGGAAGCAUGGCGUGAGCGUCUCGCCGGGCUGUUCACCGACACACCGAUCCCCUUCCGGUUGCAAAACGACGGCGACUUUCCCGAUCACCACACCAUGGCCGACCAUGUUGCGCCGGGCCAAACCGGCCUCGCCGCGCACUUUUCCGAUUGGUAGACGUAUAAAGGGCAACAUCGAUGUCGGCUGAUCAAGGCCGAGCGCGUCGGCGGCCCCAUCUCUCCGAUCGACGGGCGACGUGCCAACCGCAAUGCUCAUGUCACGGCAGCGGCGCCUCCAGGGGCUGAUCGUCGGCAGUCGCCGGCAUCAGAUCGACCUGAUCCGCGGCGUCGACGUCAGCUUAAGGCCCCAACUGCAUGGUCGAUUGGUGGAGUACCAUAGACGUUCAUUUAUCCUCCCGCGAACGAACCUCAGCCUAAGUUGGUGGUGAGGAGGGAAGGCACAUCACCCUCCCAUGUAAUGCUUCUGCGCUUACAAAUUACACCGUCUCAUAUCUCAACGCGAAUAUUAUUA